GCGGGUGAAGCCCCGUGUCCGGGGGCGUCGGGGCCCACCCAGAUUUCCCUUCCUAGCUACGCCACUGCCCCCCCAUGGGCCUCUGUGCCUUCCCUGCAGCCUCCCUGAAUCCCUGUACGCGCCUGGGCCCUUCGACACCCUGCAUCCCCCUUCAGCUGCUCCAUCACUCCUGCCCCCGGGACACCCGCUGGGACUUCCCUUACAUCGCACCUGAGACCUCCACCAUACCAACCCCGCAUAGCCACCGUGCCCUGGCCCUGGCCCUGCCCCGCGCCCCCGCGGGCCAUGCCUUGCUCCCACCGCAUCCUGCAGGGCAGUCGGGUCGCCACCACGUGCGUCUCUGGCCACUCCACCCCAUCCCCGUCCCACGAUGCAGCAUCAUGGUUCACGCGUUCCUCAUCCAUACGCUGCACCCUCGGCCCGGGGAAGAGGCUGGACUCUGCCGGGUGCUGUAUUCCAGGGUCUUUGGCUCUGAGAGGCUGGACCAGUCACCGGAGGAGCCCGGGCCGCAUGAUCUCGAGAAGGAGAGACUGGGCAGGAAGGAGCAGAUUUUGGCUGUGGCCAGGCAGGUGGAUUCAACAUGUAAACUGCUGCACCAGGCGUCAGGGCGCCCUGCCUCUGACUUCCCCAUCCAGCUGCCCGACGAGCCCAUUUCCCUCCAGGAUGCCCCAUCCGGGGUGUUCCGCCUCCCUCCCGGGGAUCCCUUCUGUGAGAACAAGAUGGUGCUCUGGCUGGGGGUCCUGUCUCUGGGCUUCGCUCUGGUGUGCGACCCCCAGGAGAACCUGACGCUGGCUGAGAACACCUUGCGGUUGGUGGUAAAGUAUCUCCUGGAGCAUCUGAAGUUGCUGAACCAGGGCAGCGACGUGGUCCUCAAGGCAGACAAGACCGAGAUCAUCCUGAGCAAGUUUCUGCCCCAUGGGCAGUUGCUCUUCCUGAAUGAUCAGUUUGUCCAGGGACUAGAAAAGGAGCUGGGUGCUUGUCUGGCCAAGUAGAAGGCUCUUAGUGGAGUGUGCCAUCGGCUCAUCUGCUGGGCAAACCCUCUGCCUGGGUCAGUCGGCAGGCAGCAUGAACGUUUGGGAGAGGCGGGGGGUGGAGGGUGCACUGUCGUUUAAAGGAGACACAUCAAGGUUGGUAGCUGUGGCCCUACUAGGUUUUAUUAUCAUUCUUCUGGCCAUGCAGCACGUCCCUCUGGCUGCA